AUGGAUCGACCCAAUAUUAUCAUUUGCGGUACACCUGGUGUUGGUAAAUCCCGUUUAUGUCAAGAUCUGUGUCAGAAAUGUCCAGAAUUACGAUAUAUAAACAUUAACGAUAUAGCUCAAGAGAAAAGCUUGUACAUUGAAUAUGAUGACGAUAAUGAAUGUCAAGUAUUAGAUGAUGAACGUGUACAAGAUUUCUUAGAAGAAAAAUAUUUUCGAUUGAAAGAAUCCGGGUUAGUUAUUGAUUAUCAUAGUGCAGAAAUUAUACCGGAUGAUGGUCAAAUUCAAGGUAUUUUUGUUUUACGUACAGACAAUGAUGUUUUAUACUACCGUUUACAACAACGAAAUUAUUCAACAAAGAAAAUUGAUCAAAAUAUUCAAUCAGAAAUAUUUCAGGUUUGUUUAGAUGAAGCAAACGAGUCAUUUGAUCAAAAUAUUGUACAUGAACUACGAAAUAAUGAUGAAAAAGAUUAUCAGCGAAAUCUUGAAUAUCUUAUCAAUUGGAUUCAAAACUGGCCAUCUAUAAAUACAAAUGAUAAACCACCACAAGUAUCACAGUCAAAUGGUGAUGAAAGUAGUGAUACAGCCAUGAAAAAAAGUCCAAACCUGUCAAAUGCUAAACGUCAAAAGACGUCAUAA